AUGCCUAGGCAUGAAAAACUAAUGAAUGGAAUCCACAGGAAACGAGUCACAGCACUGCAAGGGGAAAAAAUAGGGAGCACUCAUCUGUACGUUAUGUGCGCAGGAGCAGGUGAUGAGUACCAUCUCCCUGUUCUUGAAGGCUUGAAGCCGAAGAGCGUGCGCUCUGGCGCGGAGUCGUCGGGCUUCUCUGCGCCAGCGUGGAUGGGACAGGGCGGGCUCCGCAAGGCGGGAGUGAGGCAUCGCGUCGUCGCGCGGCCAUGA